GACAGAUGGUAAAAAAUCCUGAGAUGCAAGAAGAGUAUGCUAUAGCCUGUGAUGAAUUUUAUGCUUUAUUUAAGAAACAUUACUUACAGUAUAUUGAAAUAAUUGAUCCAGCCAAAUGUACUCCACUAUAUGAGGAAUAUAUUUAUUGUUUCCCUAGUAGAUGGAUAGAAGCUAAGAAACAUCAGUUAAGACGAUGGUUAGAUAAGGUGGUAUACAGAUCUAAUCCUGAUUUCUCAGUAAAGUUUUUGAUUGAAUUGUUAAGUAGUAUUAGCUAUUAUGAAAAGUACACAAAAAAUCGAUUUUGUCAUUUACUGCCCUAUAACUAA